UCGAAACCUAGGCUGAGGCACGGUCCAUGGGUUGAGGUUCCCUGAUAAUACCCUGUACUAUAGUGUUUGGGCACUGUGCACGAAGGUGGUGGAGCUGCAAGUGUUUAUUCACAAAGCCAAUUCUUAAUUAGUGCGUUUGUUUAGGAAUAACAAGAAGCAUGCAAGACGUUAACAGUGCAGCAAGAUCUAUGGAGUUAGCCAGAGGUGGUGGUGGAUAUGGGUACCAUCGCUACGUGGAUUGUAACUCCGCUCUGGCCGUGAUUGGUUUCAUUCUCUUCGUCGAUAUUUUGAGGGACUUCAUAGAAACCAUCAUAGAAAAGGAAGGAGGAGGAGGAGGAGGAGGGGGAGGAGCGAGGAAGAGGCGGUGGGCUUCUGAUGGUGAGGUGUCUGCAAACUUCUGGAUUCCUCGAGAGGAAGGAGAAGAAGAACCCGAUGUUUUGGAAUUCGUCAGCGAGGAUGGCCCCAAACACCUUUUCCGAUCUCUCCCGAAUAUUUUGGCUCCUGUGUUGGAUGGUUGGCUGAAGCAGAAUAAAACUAAGCAUCACACACAGUGCGUUCAACAAAGCAUUUGUCAAGCGAACUUCGUGCUUGCGAGAGAUUACGGAGCUGCAGGAAGAAUCAUCGCUACUUUACUCAGCAACGUUGCUAGCCACGCAUUUCGAGGUUCAGAGGAGGAAGGGUUGCUAGAGGCCACGCUUCGCGCAGCCAGAACAGGAAGAAGAAGAAGCCAUUGUUUACAAGCCUACCCGGGGUGUCACGAUCGUUCUACGUUAUAGACUUCUAGUUGCUCUUUGACCACCAUUCCGUUGUAGCAACUGGAUAAUUCCGGUAUUCGUUUUGUUGUUCUACUCUAGAGUUAACUGACAGUAAUUUUUACAAACACUUGUUAUUUUAAGAUAUUUAGAUUGUAAAACAUAGAUUAAGCCAGUAUGAACUAUGAUAAAAACAGAACAGUAAUGUACU